UGAGGCAAGCAUAUUUGUGACAGGAACUUUGUACAUUUGGACUUGCCGUACAUCAUCCGCCGCAGAAAGUGGCAAAACUGCUAGACAGUGGGCUUCACUGACUUUUUUUUUUUUUUUUUUUUUUAAAUGCUCAGUUACCACCGAACAGGACGCAUGACGACAGCGUCACCAAAACGCCUUUUUUCCCUCAACUUUACUGCCUGCUUCAAGUCCUUUCGGUGCACGUUGAAGCCUCGCGGCCUAUCUUAGCUUAGCUAGCUAACAAAGACAAGCGUUGGGAAUAAUCGUCUCCAUUUUGUGUGCAAAAUGUGCGAAAGUGGGACAGCGGCGGCGGCAGUCAAACUGGACGAAGAACUUUGUGGAUCAAAAGAGGAGCUGGCACGUCAUCAACAUACCACUUUUGACGAGAAGCGGCCUACAGUUGCAGUCUUCACAGCAGGCAUCGGUGAAGAAGAGGAGGAAGGGGCCUCACCAGACAUCAAAGAGGAAGAAGAGCCGCAGCAUGUCAAAGAGGAAGAGGAGGAGGAACAGAUCACCAACACGCCUUCAAUUGAAGUCUUUUUGAAGAGUGAAGAUGAAGGUGAAGGUCCCAGCGGAGGGACGGCGCCCCCGAGCGGCAGCUCAAGAGAAGGUGAUGGAGUAUCGCAAGAGGAAGAGUCGUCGUCGAAAGACCCUAAAACACGUCCGGCUAGUAAACGGGCCAAAUGUUCCGAGUGUGGGAAAUCGUUUGCCGAUAAGUGGGCUUUGAGGGUGCACAUGAGAAUUCACACCGGGGAGCAACCGUUUGCUUGCUCCCUUUGCGAUCAGAAAUUCUCGUACAAAAAACACUUGACGGCGCACACGAGGACGCACACCGGCGAGAAACCUUUCGCUUGCUCCGCCUGUAGUCAAACCUUUUCGGACAAAGGGCAGCUACGAGCGCACAAAAAGACGCACGAAGCGGAGAAACCUUUCGCCUGCUCGUUUUGCGGCCAAAGCUUCGCGCUGAAGGUCAAUUUCAUCACGCACACGAGAGUACACACGGGAGAGAAACCCUUCGCCUGCUCGGAUUGCGGUCACCGGUUCUCUCAUCGCAGCAAGUUGACGGUGCACAUCCGGACGCACACUGGUGAGAAACCUUUCGCCUGCAAAGUUUGCGGCGAGAAUUUCACCGACAGCAACGUGUUGAGAGAACACCUGAAGACGCACGUCGGGGAAAAACCUUACGUGUGCGCCAUUUGCGGGAACAGUUUCUGCAAUAAGGGAAAUUUGACAACACACAUGAGAAUACACACCGGGGAGAAACCUUUUGCCUGCUCAAUCUGCGGGCAAAACUUCACCAGAAGGGACGAUUUGACAGCACAUACCAAAUUACACACUUGGUAGAGGUAGGCUAGGUGGUAUGGCCUAAAAAUAAAAUUUUAAAUAAAAAUGUAUGAUGUUUUUUCC